GCUCGUUCUGUCGUUGUAGGCAUACGCGAAAAGGUUCCAUGUAAAAUAGUGUUGUUCGAUUUAAUGCUAGCUUUGGAAUUUUAUCGUCGAUUUUUUCUCCUGAUAGGUUUUUCGCAGCUAAUUUACAUGUUUACGGCUUUUUUUUUUUUUAAUUUUAAUUUUAUUUAUUUAUUUAUUUAUUUUUGGCAUUUCGCUCGUCAAUUUCUGGUUUUCUCUUUUGGAAUUGUGCGUCGGUCUAGUUUAACACUGUUUCCGGAGUUCUGUGAAGAUUGAAUGUGUUUAGGUUGUUGACUAUUUUAGUUGUUUUGGUCGAUAGGUGGUUUAGUGAGCAUACUGUGGAAUCAACAUUGAUAAUUGAAUUUGUGAAUCGGUGACGUCCUUCCUAUGUUUCUUUGUUUUUUUUUUUUUUUCCAUUUAGCUCGUCAAUUCCUGUUGGUUUAGUUAACACUGUUUCUGGCAUUCUGUGAAUCUUGAAUGUGUUUAGGUUGACUAGUUUAGGCUGGUUGAUGGGUGGUUUAGUGGGCACAGUGUGGAAUUUACAUUGAUCAUUGAUCUUGUGAAACACACAUAUUAUAAAAUGAAUGGUGAAACUUUGGUGCUUUUUGCUAAAUUAUUAACUUGUUUUUGGUUACAUUUUUUCAAUUUGAAAAUAUAAACCUCAGGUUCUUGGAUCGUUGAAGACUAGAGAAUGGACAACGAGGAAGAGGAUCUUGGCAAGUAUCUUAAGUGGUUACAAAAUCCUGAUUCAAGCGUUCAGGUUCAUAAACAGGCCUUAGAAAACAUAAGGCACAUAAUCACGAACCACAAAAACUCUAUGAGAUUGAACUCGAUCUUAAAACCACUGAAGUUUUUACAACCUCAUUACGGAACACUCAGACAUGCUUACAAAAGCAUGGCUGAUUCUGAGAAUAAGAAACUUCUGAAGGACAUACUUUCUGUUUUAGCCUUGACGAUGUCGGGUGUCAAAGUACAGGAGAGCUUGGCCUGGAGUUCUGAUGCCUGGGUUCUUGAUUAUGUAAAGGACAUGACUGCUGUAAUUUCGGAAAUUUCUGCUUCUUCAGUGAAGGUUGAAGAAGAUGUUGAAGAUGAUUAUGAUGAUCUAAUGGAGCUUGUCCAUCGUCUAUUAGCUUUUCAUAUGCAGCGCAAUGCUGAGAAAGAGGCUGUUGAUCUCUCAGUAGAGGUGAAAGGUUUUCAUCUCUUGGUGGAUGUCACGGAGCAGCCAAAUCUUGAGAAGACCUGUGCUUAUCUUUUGAACUUGGCGAAGAAGCUUUUGGGAACCAGCGACUUUUCACUUCUUGACACUGCAUUCGAGAUUUAUGUUAAAUUUGCAGAUUUUCAAAGAGCAUUUCAAAUCGCUUUGUACCAGAAGCCAUAUGACUAUAAAAUGAGGAAUUUGAAGACUAUUUUCUCUAAAGUUAAAGACAUUUCGCUGAAGAAGCAAUUCUGCUUUAUACUAGCUAGACAUGGAAUUUACUUCCAGCUUAAUGAAGCAAUGUGUGGUGAUGAUAAACUGAGAGAGGAUUUGAAUAGAAUCACCCACAACGUAUAUCUAAGGAAUGCCUACUUAAAACUUGCUCGGGCAUUAUAUCUCAUGGUUCCCCAAUAUUACCAAGAUAUCUGUGAGGUUCCUUUUCCUGGUAAGGCUUCGAUAGUGGAUGGAGAAAUUAACUUCGACGUUGAUCGAAAGAAAUUGGCAUCAGCGUUCGUGAAUUCCUUGGUUAAUGCGGGUUUUCUUUGGGAUGGGGGCUUAUCCAUGAAUUCUUCACUCUGUGACAUGGUCUGUCAUGCAAAGACCAGUGCUGUAGCAAGCAUCGGUUUACUUGUCCUUUGGUGGGUAGAUUCGAAACCUUCUGAGUUGUACAAUCGCUUAGAAAGUGCUGAUGGAUCUGUUGUAGAUGGUGCAUUAAUAGGCAUAGGAAUCAUGAACUGUCGUGUCUGGAACGAAAAAGAUCCUCCAUUGCCACUGCUGGCGAAGUACAUAAGAAAUAAUUCUUAUAUCCCUAGGGAUAUUCCACAGCAACCUACUCCUAAAAUUGGUGCAAUAAUGGGUCUAGCACUUGCAUAUGCUGGCUCUCAGAAUGAAGAAAUUAAGGGUCUUUUAAUCCCCAUAGUACGUGGAAAGGGAGGAGCAUCGCAUGAUUUAAUUGCAUUUGCUGGGUUGUCUUUGGGUUUGGUGUAUCUUGGUUCGUGCAACAAACAAAUUUCCAGAGCAAUCACUCACGCGUUGAUGCAUGCUGAGUUUAAGCAUCAUCUGACAAGACUGUUGCCUCUUGCUCUUGGACUUCUGUUCCUCGGUCAGCAGGAAUUGGCAACGGAUGCUUUUGACAAGCUGUAUAGCUUACGCAAAGAAGUUAGAAAGUAUUGUGAGAUCACACUGCUAUCUUGUGCUUAUGCAGGCACUGGCAAUGUAUUAAAGAUUCAAGAAUUUGUGGGACAGUGCACUCGGCGUAAAGAGGAAAGCUUCCAUGGUUCAGCUGUGAUGGGGAUAGCAUUAGUAGCAAUGAGUCAAGACCUAGAUUUUGAAAUGGCUGUUCGUUACCUGGAUCAUCUUCUUCUUGAUGGCAAUUCAAAUGCAAGGAAGGCAGUUCCUCUGGCUUUGGGUCUCCUCUGUGUUUCCAAUCCUAAGGUGGAUAUUAUUGCCAAGCUAGGAAAACUAACGCGCAAUCAAGACUCACUUAUAGCAAUGGGAGCUAUAAUUUCAUUGGGCCUUGUUGCAGCUGGAACAAAGAAUAUUCUUGUGUCCAAGAAGCUUCACGCGUUAUCCAAUUACUACCGCAAGCAAUCCCGGUUUCUUUUUUGUGUUCAAAUUUCGCAGGGCCUUUUGAAUUUGGGAAAGGGGUUGUUGACCCUUUCCCCAUCCCAUUCCAACGGACUUUUGUGGUCACCACCUGCCCUGGCGGGUCUGCUUACUACAUUGCAUGGUUUCCUGGAUAUGGAAACUUUUUUCUUUGGGGAAUAUAGUUUUGUCUUGUUCUUUUUAGUCUUGGCCAUGCAGCCAAAGUUAUUGUGCACAUUCAAUGAGGACCUGAAAGUGAUAAAAGCAGCGGUGGAGGUGAUUGAUAAGGAUGCCAAACCAAAAGAUGGCAUGUCCAUGACUCCCAUUCUCCUUUCAGCUGGGGAAAGGCCAAACUGGCGGCCACCGAAACUAGAUAUUGCUCGCUAG